AUGGCUAUCAUUCAUACCCUGCUGGCCAUUGCCUCUCUGCCUUUGGCAGACCUUGCUAGUGCAGAAAGAGUCUUGGGUGCUUACAUCUUCCAGCGACAUGGAGAUCGCACAGCCAAGGGCCUUCCACCUACAAAGUUGACGGAUCUCGGUUACAAUCAAGAAUACAUGACCGGCAACUUCUUCCAUGAGCGGUACAUCUCGGCUAGCUCGCAGAAUCAUAUCGAGGGCAUUAGCUCUAGCGUCGUCAACCUAGCCCAGAUCAGUGCCAGUGCGCCCCAGGACACUGUCAUUCAGAUUUCCGGUCAAGCCUUCUUGCAGGGUCUCUACCCGCCCGUCGGUUCGGCUGCAAACGAGACUCUUCGCAAUGGAACCACCGUCUACUCCCCUCUGAGCGGUUACCAGCUCAUCCCCAUGGGAGAUGUGCAGUCUGGCAGUAGUAGUGAAGACAAUACAUGGCUCCAAAGCACCUCCGAAUGCAACAACGCGGAGGUGAGCAGCAACGACUAUUUCUACUCGAGCUCGUACCAGCAGCUGCUCUCCAGCACAAGCAGUCUUUACAAAUCUCUCGAAUCUAAUCUCAACAAUACCGUCUCCUCGAGUGGCCUCAGCUUCAAGAAUGCAUUCACCAUCUGGGACUUACUGAACGUUGCUUCGAUCCACAAUGCUUCUGCCAGCAUCCCGUCCGAUGCGGUGAUGGAAGAACUGCUGGUCCUAGCCAACACUCAUGAGUUCAAUCUCGCAUAUAACAGCUCAGAGCCCAUUCGUGCAGUGGCAGGCAUGACGCUGGCCGGUGAAGUGUUGACAUCCUUGAACAAGACCAUCAGUUCUGGCGGCAAGUCCAAGUUGAACAUCCAAUUUGGCGCGUACGCAACGUUCCUGGCUUACUUUGGACUGGCUGGGCUCAGCAAUAAUGUGAACUUUACUGGAAUGCCCGUCUAUGCUUCUUCGAUGACAUGGGAGCUCGUCACAAACACUUCUGGCACAGGGAUGCCCUCGGAGUCGGACAUUAACGUCCGUUUCUUGUUCCAUAAUGGAACGAGCAUCGAGGGUUCAACCGAAUUGGAAGCCUACCCGCUCUUUGGACAGUCCGAUGUGGAGAUUCCAUGGACACAGUUUGUCGACUCCACCAAGAAGUUUGCUAUCACCUCCCAGCAGCAGUGGUGCCAGGCCUGUGGCAAUUCCACUGGUAUCUGCAGUUCCACUUCUGACUCUUCCUCUAAUGCCUCGUCGUCUAAAUCGUCUUCCAGCGGAGGAAUGAGUCUUGCGGUUGCUGGUGUCAUUGGUGCCAUGGUCACCUUGGGUGUUCUUGCGGGUCUGACUGCCCUGCUUCUUCUCGUAUUCAAUCUCCGGUUGGUGCGCAAGUCUACACUGGCUUCUCUUGGCCGUGGAUCCGAAACUUCUAUCACGCCCGUUGCUGAAAAAGCAGCUUAG